CGGAAAGGAAGUAUACAAGCCGUAGGGGGCGACGAGAGGCGGCGGGACCGAGAUGGAUCGGUACCAGAGGGUGGAGAAACCAAGGGAGGAGACCCCGAUUAACGAAAAUGAGAUCCGUAUCACGUCUCAGGGGAGGAUGCGCAACUACAUCACGUAUGCCACCAGCAUGCUUCAGAGAAGGAUAGUUGAUCUACAUCAAAAUACAGCUAUUGGAUCUGCUGACAUAACUGAUACAUGGGAACCAUUAGAGGAAGGCUUACUUCUGCUUGAGACAACUAGACAUGUCUCUGUGAUCAGUAUAACUUUGUCAAAGAAAGAGCUGGAUACAUCUGCUGUUGGGUUUCAACCUCCAUUGCCCAAAGAUGAGGUUAAACACUAGGGUGAAUUCAGCUAUGGAGGAGAGGGCUCACCUGUGAGUCGAGGUAGAGGCCACGGUGGCCGUGGCAGGGGAAGGGCUUAUGGAGAUGAUACGGCGGAUUAUGGUGAUGGAAGCUGGGACAACAAGGAACGUGGAUACGGUAGAGGCGGCUAUUUCCGUGGCAGAGGCCGAGGUUUCCGUGGCAGAGGUGGUUAUGGUGGCCAGCCUGAUUUUCAGCAGGAAACCAAUGGCAAUGACAAUGAGGGUUCUAUUCCUGUUCGGGGCAGAGGUAGUGGUCGUGGUAGGGGCCAAACCCGAGGAUGGGGUUGAAAUUCUCAACCGAACGGACCGAUCCAUGCUGGUGCUGUUGGUGCUUAAUCAGAUUGAUAUCAUCUGCAUGAUUUCUGCUUUUGUGUCUGGAU